AUGGUUCCACGCUCAGCACUGCAAAUGCGGCUGCCGAUACAGAUGUUGAAGCCGGCCGCACGAUCCAACCACUUCCUCCAGACCCAGCGUCUGCAAUUUCAGUCACGAAGAACAUACGCCGAGAAAGCAGCGCCAGUGCGAUCAGACCAGCCUCGAGACUGGACGAGCAGGUUACCUCUACUCCUUCUCGCCGGCGUCGCUGCAUACAUCCCGUUCUACUACUUCUCGCACACAGACAAGCCUGGCGGAAGCGAGAACGCCAAGUUGACGCAGGCGAGAAGAGAAGGAAACCCAGCCAACGAGCGCCGCGACCCGAGGGACAGUUCGGUGAAAACGAUUGAGCAGAAGCGAGAGCGAGACGGGGUGGAUCAUCGCAGUGAGGAGAGGAAGAAGAACGAGGGAUGA